CUUUUCCACUAUGGACAGAGCCUCCACUGAGCUGCUGCCUGCCCGCCACAUAGCCAGCUGACAUGGGGACCGUAGGAGCCACGCAGCUGUGCUGGGCCAUCCUGGGCUUCCUCCUGCUCCCAGGCCACAACUCACAGCCCAUGACAACCCAGACCUCUAGCUCUCAGGGAGCCUUCAGCAGUCUAAGCCUGACCACAAAGCCAACUUCUCGCAAUACAGCUGCUCCAAACAAGGCCCCACAGGCCCCCACGGGAGCGAGCACGCUGCUGACACCGGGCUCAAGCACCGUAGACGGUUACUCCACGUUCUCGCAGGGCCCCACUCGGGCCCAGCCACAGAAACACACAUCAGGACUUGACACGUCUCAGAAUGUUACUCCCGAUUCAGCCAGCACGAGCCUGAGCGCAAGGGAAGACUUGACGGUCCUGCCCAGCCCCACCUCAGAGACGGUGCUCACUGUGGCUGCAUUUGGUGUUAUCAGCUUCAUUGUCAUCCUGGUGGUUGUGGUGAUCGUCCUAGUCAGCGUGGUCAGUCUAAGGUUCAAGUGUCGGAAGAGCAAGGAGUCUGAAGAUCCCCAGAAACCAGGGAGUUCCGGGCUGUCUGAGAGCUGCUCCACAGCCAAUGGAGAGAAAGACAGUAUCACCCUCCUCUCCAUGAAGAACAUCAACAUGAACAACAGCAAAGGAGGCCUCUCAGCAGAGAAGGUUCUUUAAAAGUGACUUUGGGUCCCCAUGAGUCCAAGGAUGAUGCAGCUGCCCCUUGACUGUGAGGAGGAAGAGAUGGGAUUGGUAGAGGGAAUGAAUCAUAUAUAAAUUAUUUUAUCAUUUUGUGUCUGCCCCCAGAUCUAAAGGACACUAGCAUUCCUCUAGGUCUGGGAGCAAGCUACCAAUAUAAGAGACCCCUUCCCACAUGGACAGCCACUCUAGGAAUACAGCCUGCUCCUUCUACCUUCUCGUGGUCCCAGAAAAGAGGAGUUGGUAGAGCAAGAGCAAGGAAAAUGACGAGGUGGAUCAAUCCUUUCUACUUUGCAUUAAAAUUAUUUUCUGGCCUGCAGUCUAA